AUGUUAAAAAGUUUGCAGUAUUUGUACCUCUCUGAUAAUCAAAUGAACGGGUCCAUUCCACGAAGUCUAGGACAACUCUCCGAGCUAAUUCGCCUCGAUCUGUUUUGGAAUUCUUGGGAAGGCAAUAUAACGGAAGCCCAUUUCAUUAAUCUCACCAACUUGAAAAGGUUUUCAAUAGGCCCCGAUUUAGAUGACAUAGAGAAGCCCAUGUCCCUCGUUUUCAACGUGUCUUAUGAUUGGGUUCCUCCUUUCAAGCUCCUCCAAAUUGUUAUUACCAACUGCAACGUAGGUCCUAGUUUUGGUGUAUGGCUUCAAUCUCAGACUGAACUGGCAGAUGUCUUUCUUUGUAGAACUGGAAUAUCAGAUUCUAUACCAGAGCAAUGGUUGUUGAAGCUAUCUUCCCAACUUGAACAUUUGGAUUUAUCUUACAACCAAUUUCGAGGUAGGCUUUCAUCCAACAAAUUGAUGAGAUUUCCAAAUUUAAGAAUAAUAAGUUUGGAUCAUAAUCAAUUUGAGGGCCCACUCCCACUUUGGUCCACUAAUGCCACCAUCCUUGAUCUCGAAAGCAAUUUAUUUUCUGGGCCAAUCCCCUCUAAUUUUGACAAGCUGAUGCCCGAAUUGAAAGAAUUGUAUCUUUCGGAGAAUCAUUUGAAUGGAACUUUUCCACCUUCUAUUUGCAACAUGCAAGACCUGACAAUCAUUUCCCUGAGGAGCAAUCAUUUUUUCGGAGAAUUCCCUGACACAUGGAGUUCAGAGAGCCAUAUACGGAUUGUAGAUGUUGCCUACAACAAUCUCUUUGGUAAUAUUCCCACUUCAAUGGGAGUAUUAAAUUCUCUUGAAAUAUUGAAGCUCAACAACAACAAUUUUGGCAGUAAGAUUCCCGAUUCUUUGCACAAUUGCUCUGUUUUAAAAAGUAUCGAUCUUGGAGACAACAAAUUAUUUGGGAGCAUACCUCCAUGGAUAGGAGGAUCAAAUGUAUCCAUGUUCUACAUGCUACGAUUGCGAUUGAACUUUUUUACUGGACAUUUUCCCAAAUAA